GGUCGUGUGGUUCUUUAGUUAUUAUAGUUUAAAAUUUUGACAAAUGUCUAAAAUAUAAAUAAACUUUUCAAUCUGGACUUUAAUUUCUUAUGAAUUCCAAAUUAUAAUAAUGCGUAAAUUUUAAAAAAUGGACGGAGCGCCAGAAAUAUUAUCGGAUACCGCCACUAACUGUAACUUGGCAUCGGUUUCAGAAUCUUUAUCUGACAAUAAUAACUACCAAGCAAAAUUAGAUUCCUUAGAGAAAAAGGCCGUGCAUUUGAGAUUAACUCUGGAAAAAGAUUUUAAAGCGGCCGAUUUUAAAUGGAGUUUGUUUGUAGCGGCAGCGUUUAGCUUCAGAUACGAAAGUUGCCUUAAACCUUUUCCUCCUGUUUUUCUUAAGAAUGGAAUUAAAGACAUGGAUGAAUUGCUCAGCGUAAUCACAGACGUGCCAGCUUUAGAUUUGGUUUUACAACAACUGGACAAUCUUGAUAACCUGGCCAAUAUAAGCGACAUUCUUGACUUGUUAUUUUACGUUCUCGUAAGAUUAAAAGAGCCUAGCUUAAAGAGUGUACCACAAGAAGCUCAUGAUGCCGUUUUGAUAAAUGCUCACUCAUUGCUAGCAGCCACUAAGCCACAUUACAUAUUUCAAGUGGUCAGUUCUUGCAAAUCAUCCGCGGAGUUAAAGUGGAAAGAACUAGCAAAAAAUCACAGGGUGUUUUAUGCUUACCACGGAAAUCGUCUCGAAAACUUUUACAGUAUAUUACAUUUUGGCUUGCAACAACAUUUACAUAAGACAAACGUGGCGGGCAACGGUAUAAAUCUUUCACCAGAAUUAAGUUUAAGUUUGCCGUAUAGUCAUGGAGGCUUUGGUUGGGGUGCUAGCUGUAUUGGAGGUCACCUGUCUUGUGUAGCGAUGUGUGAAGUUAUUGACGCUCUUGAGGGCAUCAAUUACCAAAUAAAGCCUGUCACAAACGAAGGGGAUGCUGUUUAUGACGAAGAUAAAUCUACAAAUGCCGAAUCAGACACUCGCACUCCCCAAUUUGUUGUGACCAAUUGUGAUUUAAUCCGAGCACGGUAUUUACUGGUUUAUGCGAAACAACCUACGUCAAUGAGAUUUCCAACUACAAUAUCGAAUAGAGAUGGUAAAGAUAUUGACUCUGGUGGCUUACGGCAAUGGUUUGCUCAUCACAAGCUCUUUUCGAUUCUUCUUGGCUAUGGGUUAAUGCUGGCGACUAUUGGUUUUGCAAAUAAUCAGCCCAUGCAUUAUUAUUACAAAAUCCUUUUGAAAAAAAUCGAUUGUGCCAUAAGUAAUAUGAAAGUGUAAUGCUAAUGCACAUUAUACUAGUUUUUAAAUAUUGUACUUAUUGUAUAAAAAUGCCUUAGUCAUUUACAAAUUGUAACGUUGUUAGAUUUUUAGUAAAGUUGUCAUUCUUCUGAAGUUAUAGUUCAAACUAUUGUUACAUAAACAC